UACCCCAAAAUUUGCCCGCAUAUAUUUUGUAUGUUGUGUCAUUUCAAGUAAUUGACAUAAUACGACCGGUAAAGUAGUAAGAGAUUUACAGAAGAAAGUGAAAAAGGAUAAUUUGCAAAUUCACCAUAGCCAACCGCUACCCAAUCUCUACCACUUCCAACCAAGUUUCUCAAAACCGCUCAUUGUUCAAACUCAACAAACCUGCAACAAAAUAUUCAUCAACUUGAUCCACAAUUUUAAUGUACUAACAUCAAUACAAUCGCUAUAGAGUUUGUACUUUACAGGCAAAUAAAAGCAGGAACAUCAAAAAGCCCCAACACCGAUUCGUAUCCACACCGACGACACCGAAUCAAAACCAGAAUCAUAUCAUCAACAACAAGCAACAAGCUUCAGCUUCAACAAGUUCCUUCAUCUUCAAGUUGCUGCAACAAGCAGAAGCAACAUAAUACAAAAAAUUGCGUCAAUUCUCUCACCAAGCAAGCGGCAGCUUCGACUUCACGAUUCACAUCGGAGCAUCAUCGCCAUCGGAAUCCAAUCAGAAGCAAAGCUGUCCGCAAGUAGCCUCUGAUUCCAGCACAACACGGUGACAAACUCCAGAGCUAAAGCAGAUCGAAGAGAAGACAGAGUUCACUCGGAGAUACUCGUCGAAGAUCUUCGAAUCCGGUAAUUUCUUCAACCCUCACUCGCAUUUACAAGUUGCGAUAUGUGAUAAUACUAUGGAUUCAUGUAUGAGGUAUUGUUGUGACUGUACGCCUUUGAUUCUCAUUUUUUAAAGGAAAUUAGGAUUCAGUUUGUUUUCUAUGGGUUCCGAUCUGGCUUGUUUCAUUUUCCUUGGUAAAAUCAUGGUGCAUUUGGGGGAAGAUUUAAGAGGUGUUUUAUAUUGGUUGUGGCCUUAUUGGAGCGGCGAGAGAGAUGUCGAGAAAUGGAAACAGAGAGAAAGUCUGAGAGAGAGCAGAGUUUUGUUUUGAUGAAGGUGAUAGUAGAGAGCCGUGAGGAUGGUGGAGGCGGACCUUAUUUUUUUUAGGGAUUUAUGUUUGCUUCACUAUGACGUGGACCUUGCCUUUAAAAGUACAACCGAUUGCUAAUUGCAUCCUUUAAAAUGUCAUGUUCAAACUAUCUAAUUUAUUUUAUUUUGUCUACUUAUGUAUAUAGUUUGUUUGGUUUCUAACAUUAAAUAUUCAAAUAUAUAUCAAAAAAUCAUAAAUAUGCAUUUUAGGUUAGAUAUUUCAAUAAUCUUAACAAAAAAUAAUAUUUAAUUUCUUUAGUUUCUUUAGUUUCAUUAGUAAAAGAUAUCAAAAAUUCAAAAAUAUUGUUUUGUCAAGAUUUUUUUUCUUCUUCUAUAUUUUUGUCAAUUCUUGAUUAAUAUUUGUCAUUUCUCAUGCGUUAUUUUUCUAUGUCCAUACUCCCAUUUUCUUGUUUAUUGCGAGGUACAUUCGAGCUAUUGAAUUAUUCUUGCGAAUAUUCGCAAAUUCAUCCUCAAUCUCCUACCAUCCAGAUCUAACGCACACAAAGCUGAAGGUUUACCAUGCACCCUCAAAGGCUGUCACAAUGAACCAAAACUAACUUUUCAGGGUUAUCAACAUGGUUCCUUCCGACAACGCGCCCGAUCAAGACUAAAAGCUAAGUUUCGAUUCAACUCUCGUUAUUUAUAUAUAUAUUUAAUGCGAAAUUGUUCUUUCCUUUUGUUUCUUUUGUUUAUCUUCCCUAUUUUAAAAAUUGGGGUUUAUUUUAAAUGCCGAUGAAUUGUCUGUACACUCAGGCCUCGUUGUUUCUUCUUUCAGUUCUCAAUGGUCAGAGUCAAUGCUUCAGGCAAACCUUGCCCUCAACCCUGUUAGGCAAAUGCCAAGCUAAGUACCUUCUCUCUAUUUUACUUUUAAUUUAUUAUUCUACUUUCUUUGUGGUUAAUGAAGUUUGCCCAUGAACUUGAUAAUGCACUCACUCUCUGCUUUCUGUCUCCUCCUUCUCCUUUUCAGGGUUCGUUGAUUGCCAAAGCUACGAGUUUGGUAUCCCUAAACUCUAAUCUCUUAUUCUUUCUGUUUAGUUAUUAUUUAUGUCAAACCCUAUUAAGGGAUCCGCUGGUUUCAUUGUCCCCUUCCCCAUAUUAUUGUUUCUUGCCUUAUAUUAUCUGCGUGGUUAGUAAAAUAGGGAGUGACAACUAUUAAAUUGAAUUAGCCUCAUUAAUCUACAAGAUAAUAUAAUUGAAUAUAAUCACGUGAUUGGUGCACACACGCACGCUUUUGGGUAACCCUCUCUGUUGCCUUGUUGCCUGUUGCCUGCUGCCUGUUGCCUUUGUGUUUUUUGCAGAAUAAGCCACGUCCCUCGAAUACGAGGAUACCUCAGCCAUGCUGCCUCGAUAAAUAAAGGUCAUACGACCCUAAAUGAUGCUGCCUUCGGUACACAAAUAUGACCUCGACCCUCGGAAGUUGCCUACGGAAAAAGGCUGAGGUAUCUUCUGGCUGCCUACGAAUAAGGCUUAUUCUGAUCCUUGCCUUAGACUACCUGCCCUCCUAUGGCAUGGGACAGUCUUAUGGCAAAGGAUAUUUCGAUGACCCUUCUACCUCCAAACGAAAGGCUUCCUGCCCUCUUAUGGCAAGGAUUGACCCUUUCAUUCUGAAAGGCUAAAAAGAGACCUAUCAUCUGAGUUUAAGGUAAUUGCCCCUAAUUGCCUUGCAAUGCUCAUCUUUAAUAUUCUUUCUCACAAUUCUUCGAAAACUGGCUACGCUCAUUUACGAGCUAAAGUCCACUUUUUUCUUUCAUCUACCUUUUUUAAAAAAACAAACGAGCAAGCAAAGCAAUUAAGAGCCCAUGGAAAACCAUGGAUGCAAAGGGUGCCUUACACCUUCCCUUUGCAUAAAUUACCCCCGAACUCAGAUUUUCUUAAAAGGUUUUUUUCUGUUUCUUUUUGCCUUUCCGAAUAUAGUUUGGAUAAAAUAAAAGUCGGUGGCGACUCUUGCUUACCGCGACAUUUCGAUCGAUAAAAAGUCAGUUCACCGUAUUACAGAACUGGCGACUCUGCUGGGGAUUUUUCGAUAAAAGAGGGGUUACCUUAAAAGUUUAGGAUCACUUAAUUGUAUUCUAUUGUUUGCUUUGCUUGCUUUGUUUUUCAGGGCUGUUUUGGGAAUUAACUGAAGGACGAAUCCUACACCCGGAUUCAAGUACACUUAAGAUUAGGAGUGGCAUAGUCAUGGCGACCUCUUUCACAUAUGUGGGAGAUGAGUCAAUAUGAAGUUCACGCUUGAGUUAGGACUCCAUAGCAUAUGCACACCUUUCUCAAAUGAGGGGGGUCUAUGUAUGUGUCUGUGGGUGCGCCGGAGCUCAAGGACCUUUAGUUACCCUUAACCCAUCCUGGCCUUUAGGAACGUAGUGGGGGGACUACCCUUGACAAAUGUUAAGGACUAGUCGCUACCCGAUACUACAAUUCAGAUAGGUUCUUUCUCAAAGUAUCAUUGCAUGGUGCGAAUGCAUCAUGUCCGAGGGUGCUUUAGAAGGGCUGACAAUUCUGGAUAACUUGUAGAACCCGUUGCUAAAAUCUCCUUACCCAUAGAAAUACCCUUGGGAAGGACACCUGAUCAGACUCCAUGCAAGCCUUAAGUCAAAAAAUUGUGUGACUUGUGUGACUUGUUUGUGUUUGCUACUAACCUUUGUUCUUUGCAGGUUUUGUUAAAAGGACGUGUUUGCCCUUACUAUCUCACACUAUGCCUAAUGAAUUGCAUUCGCAUAACAUUCAUGACAUCAUGACAUCAUAAGCAUAACAUGAUUUAACUAACCCUUUCAAGGAUCUUAGGGAUUUAGGGCGCGCAAUUUCAGGUGCUCUUAUCAAGGACUGAAUUCCUAUCUAGGGGCAAGAGGAUUUAUUUUCCUCUAGUCACAUGCCUUCCAAUUCAGGGACACGAUACCUAUCAAGGGGCAAGAGGAUUUAUUUUCCUCUAGCCAUGUACCUUCAAAUUCAGAAGUAUCCCGAAUCAGAGGCGAUGACCCACUCGAUAUGGUGAGCUUGAUUCUCAAAGGAAGAUGUUCCAAGACAAAGUUCAUAAUUCUUCAGACAAAGACGCGACCAAAUCAUUUUCUAAUGUUGCUAACUAAAAGCCUAAAGAUCCUUGAAAAUAUUGCAUUUGCAUUCAUAACAUCGCAUAACAGGUUUCUUACAAUAGGUGUCUCAUCCUCCCUCGCUGUUUAUUUCAGCAUCAUGGACCUUGAACAAUCUGUCAGAAAUCUCCAAGCUCAGAAUAACCAGUUCCAGAAAAUAAUCUUUCACUUGGCCAAGGGGCAAGAAGAAUUAAAGGCACUUCUGGCCGAGAAGGGGAAGGACCAACAAAGGGAGCAAGGUGUGCAAGAUAAAUGGAAAUUCAAACCUAAGCGGUCAUUCACUCCGUUACCCAUGCCGCUGUCUCAAGCUCUGCAACAACUGCUCAAUCAGAACUUGAUAACUCUAUGGCCUCCAUAUUCAUUUCCUACUAAUCCCGCUCCUGGGUAUAAGUAUCAUGCGAGAUGUGCUUAUCAUUCGAAUAGUCCUGGUCAUGAUACAGAAGAUUGUGGAUCGUUGAAACACAAGAUCCAAGACCUCAUUGAUGACAAGAUCAUUGACUUCAACUCACCUAAGGAACCUCAUAUGGCUAAUGCUAGGUACAAUCGGAAAGGUCGCAAUGAACACCACCAAUCCGUGGGGACAAUUAUGAUCUCUACACCAGUCCCACAACAAAGACGCAAGUCAGAUGCACCUAGGCGUCAGUUCACAAAGAUCAACAUGUCGUUGGCUCAGGCAUUACAACAUUUGUUGAAAGCAAACUUGAUUACUGUGAGAAAUCCUCCUAUAAAGCCCAACACUCCCGCUCCUGGCUAUAAACCCAAUGCGAGGUGCGCAUAUCAUUCCAAUAGCCCUGGACACGAUGCGAAUGAUUGUUGGUCAUUGAAGAACAAGAUCCAAGAUAUGAUCGAUGCUGGUGAAAUUGAAUUCCCUCAUCCCAAGACUCCUGUAGUGAUCACUACUCCCAGGCAUAAUCACGACAAGACUGAUUAAUGUCUAAAGUGGAUGAGCUUUUAAUCAUUAGCUUUACUUUCAUUUGCAAUUACUAUUCUGUUUGUUUAAACAUUCG